AUGAACAUGUCGCUCCAGGAAGAAAAUGCGGGAGGGCCGACGGGUCUCCAGCUAGACAUAAUGCCACAACAGAAUGAGGUCACCGAGCCGAAUGAAGAUUGGACAGGAGUGACUUCCAGCAAAGAGCGGAGAAGACUCCAGAACCGCCUGAACCAGAGGGCGCACCAAAACAGGCCGCCGGUCGAAUACGUAGCAGAAGCCGGGCCCUCAACCUCGGGCCGGGCCGCGGCUCCGGCUCUGGCCUCCGGCAGCGGAGCGGGAACCGGAGAAGCAGCAGCAGCAGUCGAGGAUGAGGUCGCAGAUGACGGCUACACGCUUCUCCCCUGCGCUCAAAAGAGAGCGCGGAUGAGGGACGCCGGCAUCCAGGCCAGACGGAACCUCGCGCUGGGGACGCCGCAGCCGGUGCAUCUGCCGCUCGUCGUCGGGCUCAACCUCCUCACGGCGCUCGCGCGCAACACGCGGCUGAUGGGCUUUGACAAGCACUCCAUCUGCUACGACGAGUACAUCUCCCCCUUCAACCUGCAGGGGCCCGGCCUCCCCUGCGCGCCGCGGGACGCGUCCUCGUGGCCGCCGUUCCUGCACCCGACGGAGGCGCAGUUCACGAUCACGCACCACCCGUUCCUCGACGUGUUCCCCAUCCCCUCGCUGCGGGAGAACGGCAUCCGGGCCGAGGAGCUCGGCUUCUUCGACGAGGACGACUUCUGCAGGGACGUCUUCAGCACCGACGACGACCCGGACGGCCCCCGGCUGCUCGUCUGGGGCGAGUCCUGGGACCCGCGCGGGUGGGAGGCCAACGUGCCCUUCUUGAAGAAAUGGGGCUGGCUCGUCCGCGGGUGCCCCGAGCUCUUGGAGGGCACCAACUACUGGCGGCAGAGGAGGGGGGAGAAGAAGCUGAGGUUCAUCACGGCCGGCUGA